UUCGCGGAAGUAAGCGAACUAUUGUUUUGGUACAGACGGCGGGAGGAUAAAUAUCGAUCCUCGCGUGGGCGACGGGACAAUAAACAUGGAUGACGGAUGGGAAGAAGAGGAGCAGCUUGUUGUCGUCGAGCUCUCUGGAAUCAUAAAUAAUGAUGCUAUGUUCAAGUCUCGUGGCACCUGCAAAAUACUGGAUAUUGACAGUGAGCAGCCAAUGAUGCAAGUGGGCCAGUAUGUGUUUGCAGGAGAAUAUGAAGAUACCCUUGGAACUUGCGUUCUCUUCGAGGAGGAACCAAACAAAGGAAAAGAAGGCAGUGGAUCCAAGCUCAAAUACAAGUGUCACACAGUGAAGAAACUCAUGAUGCAGCGGAUUUUCCUCAGCGAGAAGAAAGAAAAUGAAAGCGACGCAGCGGCAGGUGGCGAAAGUAAUAAGCAGGAGAACACAGUCUGCCAGUCGGGGGAAGAAACAAAACAGGUGGAUGAAGACCUGGCACUUGGAUAAGACGGAGACGUUGACGAUCUUCCAAGUGAAGAUCCAAGCUCUGUUGUUGUGGCACUUCGGAAAUUUGUUUCAAAAAUGCAGUCAGUAUUUAAUAAAUACCACUGUAAGUCAUGCACAGUAAUAGUUUUUUUGUUUGUUUGUUUUUCCUACUUAGCUGACAAUUGUGUAACUCUGGACACAUUAUGUCUGUAAACGGAUGAAGAAUCAAUGACAAGAAAAGUGUCUUCAUCACUCAGUCUUCAUAAAAAUGGAGCAGGAUAAUGAAAUAAUGAAUGAGGUUUUAUUAUAAGUGGCCAAACAUUUGUACACGUUCCAGUACAAUGAUAAGUCUCUAUAGAUGUGUUUCCUUAAUUUUCUUGUCCCCCCCCCCCCAUUGAAUGUAUACAUAAUUUUGGCAUGUUUUGCACUGCUCUACUAGCUACAGUGUGUGUAAAAGUGGUUAAAUAAUACUAAAUCCAAUUUCUUGACAUGGUGUUAUUGUCCAUAAGAUGUUAUUUCAUGAAACGAGUCAUGUAUAUUCUAUUUUCAUAAUCAUUUGAACUUUUUGCAUGUGUCCCUGUCCCGGCUGUGGCCGCAGAAGGAGUCGAUCCUCUACCGCAGAUAGAUAGGUGUUUCGAUAGAAGAAGUAUUUGAUUGACAGCUGGAGGGGAGCUUUUGAGACCAACCAGUGACACGCCCACAGCGCCCGGAAAGCACAAAGAAUAUCUCCAUUCUUGACCAUUUUGAAGCCUGAUUUCACAUAUUUAGUACUUUUUAAAAAAAAUCAUUCAUUAACUGUCUGGCUUGUUAACAUUACUCUUUUCUAUGGUGCAUCGAAUUUACAAGACAUAUUUUUGGCCUGUUUUGUGGCACUUUAAUGGAGGCUGUAAGACUUGAUAGUUGCAGAAUAAAUAUUGACACUUUUGUUUAAAAUAAAAGCGUUGAGAAUCGUGAGAUACAUUUGUUGAACAGUACACAGCUUGCUAACUGAAUCAUGUUGCUUAGUGAAGGUCCACCAUGUGGUUAUUUAAUAUUAUCAGCCAGAAAUCUCCACCCUGUUGCCGCCCAUCCUUUCAACAAGCUCACAUAUUUUGCUGUACCAUAAACAUUGUCUGCAUGUUGUAAAUUUAUAUUCAAAGAGUGAGGGAGGUUGACCAAUAUGCAUUUGUAA